AUGUUAGUCGAAAGGGAAUCGGAGGAUCGGACGACGGAUAGCAGCAGCAGCAGCAGCAGUAACAACAGCAGCAGCAGUAACAACAAUAGUAACAGCAGCAGUAAUGAAAGCGGAGCGGCUGUAGCAGCCGAGAUUCGUGUCGCCGUGACCGAGGCUGGAAACCUCGGUCCGGUCACGACAAUGGCGCAGACGGUAGAUCACAGCAGCAGCAGCAGCAGUAACAACAACAGCAGCAGCAGCAGUAACAACAGCAGCAGCAGUAACAACAAUAGUAACAGCAGCAGUAAUGAAAGCGGAGCGGCUGUAGCAGCCGAGAUUCGUGUCGCCGUGACCGAGGCUGGAAACCUCGGUCCGGUCACGACAAUAAGAUGA